CCGGACGACAUUUAGAGUUGCACAGUCAGCAGCACGCCGGUGACGUCGCCGUUCACGUGUUUACAAAAAGUGACAGAUUUCAGUGGAUUUAUUCCUCCAAACUGCAGCGCGGCUGUACGUAUCUUAAAAUAAGAUGCCACCGAAAGACCCUUGUCAAAAACAGGCUUGUGCCAUACAGAAAUGUUUACAAGCCAACAAAUACAUCGAAAGGCUUUGUGAGGAUGUGAUUCAAGCUAUGAGGAAGUGUUGUGAAGCCCACGCAGGAGAAAACUCUGUCUGCUGCUCUGGAUUUACCAAGCAACACGAAUCCACAGACACAAAGACAGUCCUUUAAUACAAGACUGUACAGUAUGACUGAAUAUCUGCUGCAAGAGAUCAGAGGAAGGAGGCUUUCAGGGACAUGUGGAGUACAUAUUCAACAAAGAGUCUCUUGUAACUUUCAUUAAAUCAAGCUGUCACUAUUUAUUCAGCAGUUUAAUGAGAAUAAUAUGCAUUAAACAUCUAGUGUCCAUCAUA